AAAAGAAAUAAAUUAAAAACAAAUAUAAAAUGAAGCCUUUCUGUGUGGUUUUAGUUGUUUUAUGCGCUGCUGGUUUGGCUGUGGCCCGACCAGAGCCACCACGUGAUAGCUAUGCUGCCCCACCUCCAAGCAGUUAUGCCCCCAGUGUGCCAAGCGGUAGUUAUGGUGCUCCAGCCCCAGUAUAUGGACCACCACAACAAGCUCCUGUGAUACACAAACAUGUUUACGUUCAUGUUCCACCACCAGAGCCCGAGUAUCAAGCACCAAGAAAACCAAUUGUAGUGCCACCACCACAGAAACACUACAAAAUUGUAUUCAUUAAGGCUCCAUCACCACCAGCACCCACCGCCCCAGUCAUACCACAAUUGCCACAAACCGAAGAAAAGACUCUGGUCUAUGUGUUGGUUAAGAAACCCGAUGAACAACCCGAAAUUGUUAUUCCCACACCGGCACCAACACAACCCAGCAAACCUGAAGUCUAUUUCAUUCGUUACAAGACCCAGAAGGAAGAAACUGGACCCUAUCCUAACAGUAUUGCACCAGCUCCUUCUGGUGAUUAUGGUGCUCCAUCUGUACCCUCAGCACCAUCGGCGCCAAGCUCUUCGUACGGUGUACCCUCACAUUAA